CUCCGGCGAGAUCAAAUGGAGCUCCUCGCUCAAGGGGUGCAAGCCGUACCUCCGCCAUGCAAUUUCCACUAUCAAUAAUUUAACUUCUUUGCUGCAGAACAGAAAGACUACCACCGGGCAGCAAAGACUCGCCCCCUCCAUCCAACACUGCCCCGCCACACACACACACCCCCUUCUUUUUAACCGAAGGGCAGGUGAGAAAGGAAUAACCAGAGUCUGAGAGUUUGGGGGCUGAAGUGUUCCCAGAGCAGCUGCCUUGAUGUUGACUUUGACGAGUAGUGACUGAAAAGUUCCACCAGGUGAGAAGAGUGAUGACCAUCCUUUUCCUUACUAUGGUUAUUUCAUACUUCGGUUGCAUGAAGGCUGCCCCCAUGAAAGAAGCAAACGUCCGAGGACAAGGCAGCUUGGCCUACCCGGGUAUGCGGACCCAUGGGACUCUGGAGAGCGUGAAUGGGCCCAAGACAGGUUCAAGAGGCCUGACGUCGUUGGCUGACACUUUUGAACAUGUGAUUGAAGAGCUGUUGGAUGAGGACCAGAAAGUUCGGCCCAGCGAAGAAAACAAUAAGGACGCGGACUUGUAUACUUCCAGGGUGAUGCUCAGUAGUCAAGUGCCUUUGGAGCCUCCUCUCCUCUUUCUGCUUGAGGAAUACAAAAAUUACCUGGAUGCUGCAAACAUGUCUAUGAGGGUCCGGCGCCACUCUGACCCUGCCCGCCGUGGGGAGUUGAGCGUGUGUGACAGUAUUAGUGAAUGGGUGACAGCGGCAGACAAAAAGACUGCAGUGGACAUGUCGGGCGGGACGGUCACAGUCCUUGAAAAAGUCCCUGUAUCGAAAGGCCAACUGAAGCAAUACUUCUACGAGACCAAGUGCAAUCCAAUGGGUUACACGAAAGAAGGCUGCAGGGGCAUAGACAAAAGGCAUUGGAACUCCCAGUGCCGAACUACCCAGUCGUAUGUGCGGGCCCUUACCAUGGAUAGCAAAAAGCGAAUUGGCUGGCGGUUCAUAAGGAUAGACACUUCCUGUGUAUGUACAUUGACCAUUAAGAGGGGAAGAUAGUGGAUUUAUGUUGUAUAGAUUAUAUUGAGACAAAAAAUUAUUCUAUUUGUAUAUAUACAUAACAGGGUAAAUUAUUCAGUUAAGAAAAAAAUAAUUUUAUGAACUGCAUGUAUAAAUGAAGUUUAUACAGUACAGUGGUUCUACAAUCUAUUUAUUGGACAUAUCCAUGACCAGAAGGGAAACAGUCAUUUGCGCACAACUUUAAAAUGUCUGCAUUACAUUCCUCGAUAACGUUGUGGUUUGUUGCCAUUGCCAAGAAUUGAAAACAUAAAAAGUUGAAAAAAAUAAUAAAUUGCAUGCUGCUUUAAUUGUGAAUUGAUAAUAAACUGUCCUCUUUCAGAAAACAGACAAAAAAAAAAAAAAAAAAAAAACAAAAAUUUGAACCAAAACAUUCCGUUUACAUUUUAGACAGUAAGUAUCUCCGUUCUUGUUAGUACUCUAUCUGUUUUACUGCUUUUAACUUCUGAUAGCGUUGGAAUUAAAACAAUGUCAAGGUGCUGUUGUCAUUGCUUUUCUGGCUUAGGGGUAGGGGGGAUGGGAGGGGUAGAUUUCUGUUUGUUUUGUGUUUUAUUUUUGUUUGUUUGUUUUGUUUUUUUAGUUCCCACAGGGAGUAGGGAUGGGGAAAGAAUCCCUUCAGUAUAUAUUCUGGUUAAUGAAAAAUACAUCUGUAUGUUGUAAAGAUGUUCGCAAUAUCAAUCAGAUGACUGGAAAGUGAAUAAAAAUUAGGCAACUGAAUGAAAUGUUCAUACUUCACUUCCCAUAAUGCACCUCCCAGGCCCCGGCUCACCCUAUGGGCAUUGGUUGGGGGGGAAGCUUCUUUCCUUGGAAAGACCUGCAUUUGCUCAGAACACAUUCUUUCCCUCCCUCCCCCUUUGGUCCCUUCUUCGUUUUGUUUUAGCUUAAGGGAAAAAAUUCAGUUGCGCGCUCUGAACUAUUUUACCACUGCUGUGAAUAAGUGAACAAAUUGUGUCACAUCAUGGCACUCAUAAGCAUGGGGAACAGUGAUUUCUUUUCCUGCUUUUUUUUUUUUUUUUU